AUGGGCAGAUCUCAGACUGCGGUACUCCCUAUCGUCCCCCUUGCCAGAGGCACCGUCCUGCUUCCUGGCUUAUUUCAACGAAUUUCCGUCACUUCGAGCCGCCCAGAUAUCCCGGCCCUCCUUGCCCACGUCUACGAAAAAGCUGCGGCUAAAGGCCCCGACGGCCGAAUCGACAGCAUACCCAUCGCUUGCGUCCCGCUUUCAUCGCCCUUUGUCGGGCCCACGGGCCAACUUCUCGUCAACAAUGGAGAGGAGAUAGAUGCCUCGCAGCUUGCCGAGGUGAAUCCCGGCAUUGCCAGUAAGGCCGAUAUUUUUGGCUUUGGUGUUGCCGCCAAAAUUGUCGGCAUUGAUGGCGCUGGCGAAUUUGCCCUCCGGGUCGAAGGCACUUCUCGCGUCAGGGUAGAUACCAUCUCCCGCGAGCGACCCUUCUUCCAGGGCAAGGUUACAUACUUUAGCGAUGAAAUUGAUGUGGCCGACAAGCAGCUUCAGGAUCUCUUUGGUUUGCUCAAAGCUCAGUCUCGAGAACUUGUUACCAUCCUUAGAAUCUCGUCCCUGUUACCGCGCACUAGGAGUGGGCCGUCGUUGUCGCCUGGGCUCACGAAACGACUCGAAAUGCUCAUCAUGCGACGCGAGAUCAAGGAAGCAGGGCUGCUGGCUGACUUCAUGUCGUACCUGGUCGGGGCAUCCCACGAGGAGAAGCUGGGCAUACUAGCCGCACUGGAUGUCAAAGUCAGAAUCACAAAAGUCAUUGAGCUGCUGGACCGGCAAGUAGGAGGCAUCAAGAACAACUUCAAGAUCACGACAUUCACCUCAGUUCCGGUCCAGAUCCUCAACAGGCUGAACGACAGCCCCAACAAGAGAAAUAGCCCGGGUCUACCAAUUUCAGGCGUCAACUUCACUUCAGGCACUGGUCAGAUGCCAUCCGGUAACGAUCAGGGAGACGAACAGGAGGCGAAUGAGCUGGAUGAGCUAAAGAAAAAGCUCCAGAAUGCGCAGCUCCCAGUCGAGGUAGCCAAGGCUGUUGAUAGAGAAUUGCGACGACUACAGAAGAUGAUGCCCAUGAAUCAGGAAUACCAAGUUACGCGGAAUUGGCUUGAAACUUUGUCCGAGAUUCCCUGGGCAGCAGUAACAGACGAUCGGCUGGGGCCCGAAACGCUGACCAGGGCACGGAAACAGUUGGAUGAUGACCAUUACGGCUUGGACAAGGUCAAGAAGAGGCUGAUCGAGUAUCUCGCCGUUCUCCGUCUGAAGCAGUCCUUGAAUGAGGAAAUUGAUGAGCAGAUCCGCAAGGCCGAGGCGGAAAUUGUCCCUCUCGCGCAUGAUUCGGACAAGCCGUCAGCUGAGAACGUUGCGAACCCGGACAGUAGUGCCAAACUCCAGAUCCUGAAAGCAAAGAGGAUGGUGGACAAGUCACCGAUCAUGCUUCUCGUCGGUCCGCCUGGAGUAGGCAAGACCAGUCUGGCCAAGUCGGUCGCCACGGCGCUGGGGAGGAAGUUUCAUCGUAUCUCUCUCGGUGGCGUUCGAGACGAAGCCGAGAUUCGUGGACAUCGUCGAACAUAUGUUGCUGCUAUGCCCGGCUUGAUUGUUCAAGGUCUACGAAAGGUUGGCGUUGCUAACCCAGUCUUCCUGUUGGAUGAGAUUGACAAAAUCGGUGUGGCCAGCGUCCACGGAGACCCGUCGGCCGCCAUGCUAGAAGUCUUGGAUCCCGAGCAGAACCAUAGCUUCCAGGACCACUACGUAGGCAUGCCGAUCGACUUAUCCAGGAUCCUCUUCAUCGCUACGGCAAACAACUUGGACAGCAUCCCAGCACCGCUCCUGGAUCGCAUGGAAAUGAUCCAUCUCCCGGGCUACACUACCCUAGAGAAGCGACACAUUGCCAUGCAGCACCUCGUUCCCAAGCAGAUCCGAGCCAACGGAUUGGCCGAGGGCCAAGUGACCUUCAACAAGGAUGUCGUCUCCAAGAUCAUCGAGUCGUACACUCGCGAGUCAGGGGUUCGCAAUUUGGAACGAGAGAUCGGGUCCGUAUGCCGUGCAAAGGCCGUGGAGUAUGCCGAAGCAAGAGACGGAGGCAGUAUCGAAAAGUACAGGCCACUUCUUACGAUGGAGGACAUUGAAAACAUUCUGGGGAUCGAAAAGUUUGAAGAGGAAAUUGCGGAAAAGACGAGCCGCCCGGGCAUUGUCACGGGUCUGGUGGCCUACAGCACCGGCGGCAACGGGAGCAUCCUGUUUAUUGAAGUAGCCGAUAUGCCCGGCAACGGCAGGGUGCAGUUGACAGGCAAGCUGGGCGAUGUCCUCAAGGAGAGCGUCGAGGUGGCUUUGAGCUGGGUCAAGGCUCAUGCCUACGAGCUGCGUCUGACUCCUGAGCCCACGGCGGACAUCAUGAAGGACCGCAGCAUCCACGUACACUGUCCUUCUGGUGCAAUUCCCAAGGACGGGCCAAGCAGCGGCAUCGGCCAGGCCAUUGCUCUCAUCUCCUUGUUUUCCGGCAAGCCUGUGCCCCCAACAAUGGCCAUGACGGGUGAAAUUUCCCUUCGCGGACGUGUCACGGCCGUAGGCGGUAUCAAGGAGAAACUCAUCGGGGCUCUUCGAGCAGGCGUCAAAACAGUCUUGCUUCCGGCGCAGAACCGCAAGGACAUCAAGGACUUGCCCCGGGAAGUCAAGGACGGUCUUCAGAUUGUACACGUCAGGUAA